AUGUGUGAGUUCGAAUCUAUCGCCCGUAACCCACUACUGACAAGUAUAUCCUCGAUGAGUAUUGCGCUAAUCCAAAAAGCUGUUAUACCCAUUUUGUCAGCACUCGAGAAAGAGACUCGAAGCAUGGACUUGUUGAUGAGUAAAGAGGAUCACUUGACUCUCGGUUCGAAUCCCGUCGCGGGUGCUGAUAGGGCACAAUGUCUAUCCACUCCGUUCAGACUUCUCCAACCAAUCGGAGCCUCUUCCUCCGCCUCGUCGGGCCCAUCGUGA